AUGGGGCGGCCCGGACCAAGGCCCUCGCCUGGGGAGGCCCGCGCAGGAGGCUGUGGCGAACGCCAGGCCGCCCGGGGCCGAGAGUCCAGCCGGGAGGUGUCACAGCCUGUCACAAACUCUGCUUUGCUUUCUGCAGGAGGUCAUCGUCAUCCCCUUGUCUGCACUGCCUCGUUUCACACCAGCUUCCCGACUCGCGCCAAAGAGGAUUUCUACCAGAUUUUGGGAGUGCCUCGAACCGCCAGCCAGAAGGAGAUCAAGAAGGCCUAUUACCAGCUUGCGAAGAAGUAUCACCCGGACACAAAUAAAGAUGACCCUAAAGCAAAGGAGAAGUUCGCGCAGCUGGCUGAGGCGUACGAGGUCUUGGGCGACGAGGGGAAGCGGAAGCAGUACGACACUUACGGCACAGCGGGCUUUGAUGCCGGCACGGCGGGCUCCAGGCAGCAGCACUGGCGCGGCGGUCCUACUGUGGACCCUGAGGAGCUGUUCCGGAAGAUCUUCGGGGAGUUCUCAGGGUCCCCUUUUGGGGAAUUUCACACUGUCUUUGAUCAGCCACAGGAGUACAUCAUGGAGCUGACGUUCAACCAGGCCGCCAAGGGGGUGAAUAAGGAGAUCGUGGUGAACAUCAACGAUUCCUGCCAGCGGUGCGGUGGCAGAGGGAACGAGCCCGGCACCAAGCUGCAGCACUGCCACUACUGCAACGGCACCGGCAUGGAGACGAUCAACACGGGCCCCUUCGUUAUGCGCUCGACGUGUCGGCGAUGUGGCGGCCGUGGCACCACCAUGACAAACCCUUGCAUGGUCUGCCGCGGCACGGGCCAGACCAAGCAGAAGAAGUCGGUGAUGGUCCCGGUUCCAGCAGGUGUGGAGGACGGACAAACUGUGCGGAUGCCUGUAGGAAGCAAAGAGGUUUUCAUCAGCUUCAGGGUGCAGAAAAGCGCUGUGUUCCGGAGGGAGGGCGCGGACAUCCACUCGGACCUCUACAUCUCCAUAGCACAAGCCGUCCUUGGAGGCACAGCCAGGUCGCCGGGUCUGUACGAGACCAUCAAUGUCCCGAUCCCGCCUGGCAUUCAGGCCGACCAGAGGAUCCGGAUAAGUGGGAAAGGCAUCUCCAGGGUUCACAGCUAUGGCUACGGAGACCACUACAUUCAUAUCAAGAUCAAAGUUCCCAAGAGGCUGACGGACCGCCAGCGAGCCCUGAUGCUGAGCUACGCGGAGGAUGAGACGGAGGUGGAGGGGACUGUGAACGGCGUGGCAAGUACCAGGGCCGGCGGCAGGGCCUCGCCUAGAGCGGGGGCAGGCGAGGAGAGGCCCGAGGCGGGGGACGGCGCGGAGGGAUUCCUAGCUAAACUUAAGAGAAUGUUUAGCUCCUGAUUAACCCCGCCGGAGGCAAGCGCUCUGCUGGGAACUAGGCACGGGGCGACCGCCUUCUGGUGAGCGUUGCGUCCGGCACAGAGGUGAGGGGACCGCAGGAGCCUGGCGAGGAUCUCUGGCAGACACACCGCACACCCUCCGGCUGUGGCAGCUGCACCGGUGGAGCGGGGAAAGGCCUCCGCCCUGGGGGUGGGACUGCGGGGGGCUGCCUGCGGAGCCGCGACGCGCUCCUGCCUCCCCAGGCUUGAAGAGACCUGGCGCCACCUCUCCUGGACUGAUGCGCAGCACUGAGCGUGGGCCUCCAGCAAAAGUGCACCGUGCCUCUGGCUUGAUGUGAGCUCCUGCGGUCAGAGGCUUGGACCGGCCCCACGGGGGCGCCCGGCAUCCCGGGCCACCUCGCUGCUUUUGCCCCACAUUCCAGAGAGAGCGGCUGCCUCGAGCCGCUCUUUCCGUGCUGGGGGCUCUUGGCUGCACAGCGGCGUAGUAGUUUUGCCCCGUCGGAGGCCGUGCUCUGGGCGGCAGCUGUGGCUUUCUCUGCCGAAUUCGUUUCUUCUGAACGCACCGCCGUGGCUCAAGCGCCCACCUGAAUUCAUGGCCGCCUUGCCCCAGAGGAGGCGGCAAGCAAGUUCUGCAGCCACAUGUUACCCACACUCAGAAGUCACAGCUGCUAGAGCAUAGUGCGUGUACGUGUGGCAAGCUAGACGUGCCCGAGGGCCACAGAGGCGAGGCCGGUGCCAGGAGCGGACUGCCAGGAGCUGGCUGGGGGCGGAACGUGGCCGCUUGACAGCUGUGGGGUGAGCCCCACAGCAUUCUUCCCCCCACCGAGCCCACAGCAUGCACAGGCCUCUUCCGGAGUCAUCUGGUGAGUCGCUCCACCAAUGUGAAUAGCGAAACUUGCUCAGUAAAUGUGUUUAGAAGCAGGA